CUUCGCCAGGUCGGGCAGCUGCUGUAGCCAGGAGGGUCUAGGGGCUGGGUAUCAGGGCCACUGCCAGUCCCACUUGUCCCCCGCAGGCCUGUCCUCUGGGCUGGACAUUUCGUCCCUGUUUUGAGCAUGCACUGAGACCUGCCGAGUGGCCUGAAAGAUGGAUCGGUGGUGUUCCUCUCACGGCAUGGGCAGCCUUGAGCCGCCCUCGGAGAGCCCAGAGCCCGACGGCCCCACCGGGCGGACCCAGCCUACCUACAUCAACCUCGGUGAGGUCCGUGCCCACCUGCUGCCCUCCAAGGCCGGCCGCCCCCGGACCCCUGGGUCCCCCUCCGCCACCCCGCAGCCCCUGCCCCCACCCCUGCCCAAGAAGACCCUAACCCGGACCCAGUCUCUGCCCAACCGCGGGGCGCCCAGCCCCAGCGCCGGCCGAGGAGGGCAGACUCGGAGGCCCCUCGUGGGGUCCCUCAGUGUGGACGAGAGCCAAGCAGAGGCAGGGCCCACCUGCGCCCCAGCCAGGCUGGCCCUGGAGCUCGACGCCGAGCUGGGCCUCCGACUGCAUGACCUGCAUAGCCCAGAGGCCCUACAUGCCGCACUGGCUGCCCGGCAGCUGGAGGGGCUCCGCGCCAUCCACGCCCGGCUCCGUGCCCGGUUCCUGGGUGGCCGCCCGGGCCCCUGCCUCCCCGGCCACGGCUUCCGCCUCCUGGACAGCGCGCCCUGCGUGGAGAGCGGGGAUGCCUUCUACUACCGCGUGGUGCGCGUGGACGAGGAGGCGUGGCACAUCCUGGCGGCCAAGGUGCCCAAGUCAGGAUCCGAGGUGCCUGACCCGUGGGGCCUGGAGCUGCAGGCCUCGCUGCCCCCGCACUUCAACCUGCAGGGCCUGUGCGGCCCUUUACCCGAGGGUGCGCUGCCCGCGGAGCCCUGGAGAGGCCCUGCCGCGCUGGCGACGGAGGUGCCGGAGCGCACAGUGGCGCAGUGGCUGGCAGAGGCCGGGGCGGUCCGCGCGCAGCGGCCGGCGGAGUUCGCGUGGGCAGCGGCGCUGCUGCUGCUAGGCAGGGCCCGCCGGUGCCCGCCGGAACAAACGCCCAUAGCGCUCCGGAUCCUCUCGAUGCGGGCCGCCGGAACCCUGGCCCUGGGGCGCCCCCUCGUGCUGAGAAGGGUCAGUGACCCGAGCGUCAACAACGCCCCUAGUGCUGGGGCAGGGCUGCCGUGUGGCCAGCAGGUGGCACCACAGCCCCAAGGGCUGGACCACUGGGGGAUGGGGCAGCCAGAAGUGUGA